UACAACAACUACAACAAUGUACUGCAGUUUGCUUAAACUAUGGAGAUGUACAAGCUUUUGGGCGUACAGCAUGUGGUCUUAUAUAAAACCAGCUGUGGAAAAGACCUAGAGAAGCUUCUGAAAUAUUAUGAAUCAGAAGGGAUAUUGGAGAUUGUUUCUUGGCCUAUCAAUAAGUUUCUGAAUCCAUCCUCCGGCUGGAAUUUUCAGGAACAUAAGGGUGAUCUCCAUUAUUAUGGUCAGUUAGUAACACUCAACGAGUGCAUCUACAGGCACAUGUAUCAAUCCAAAUAUGUUCUACUGAAUGACAUUGAUGAGAUCAUCAUGCCGUACAAACACACUAAUUUACAGGCCCUUAUGGAGUACCUCCAGUCUACUCACCCUGGUGCAAGUGUAUUCCAUGUUAAAAGCCAUUUAUUCCCCACAACACAGUUUGAGGAGAGCGGGAAGUUCAAGCGAAAAGAAUGGAAUAAUAUUCCUGGAGUAAACAUCAUGGAGCAUAUCUACAGAGCACCAGAACCAAAGAACGUUUACAAUCCCGCAAAGAUGAUCAUAAAUCCAAGAAAGGUGGAGCAGACCUCAGUACAUUCCUCUUUGAAACAUUCUGGAUAUUAUUGCUUUGUAGCUUUUGAUGUGUCUAGGAUGAUACAUGUGAGAGAACCCUUUCAGAAUGGUGCAAAUCUUACAAAAGAGCAAUUGUUGGUAGAUAAAAGAGUCUGGGACUUUAAGCAUGAACUGAUACCCAAUGUUGACCGGACUUUGAAACUUUCAGGUUUUUUAACAUGAUUUUACAAGAAGUAUGCAAAAUUGAUCAAUUGUAAAUCAGAGUUUUAUAACUAUGAAGAGAACCAAAGUAAAGUUAAACUGAUUAGUCCCGUAUUGCCAACACAAUCUCACGGCAAUUCGUAACUUUUUCAUUUAGUGGCUAAUUCGUAUGAAUUCGUACGAUCUAAUUCGU